UUGCAGAGCGACCGGCCGACCACCUGUCAAUUUCUCCGCCUUGUCUUAGUGGUCGUCAUCCUCUUCCUUCUCCCUCUGCUCCGUCUCCGUCUUUUCAACACAAUUUGACGUCUUUGAAGUUUGGAAUCAAAGAAGCUCGAGACCAGCUUGAGAUGGGACCACAUGGGAUGAUGAGACGAGCUGGAUGUGUAGUGGUGAUAUGCUGCUGGGCUGUGGCGGUGGUUGUGAUCGUCUACCCAACAUACACUGCUGCUGAAAUUAUCAAAACUCCUACUACCUUAUCAAUGUUCACGAGGCGUCUGUCUGCGUUGCGCGAGGAGAAUGAGGUGGUAGCUGUGAAAAAACAGAUGUCAACACUCGCAGCAGUCUCCGUCAAGAUGAUGCAAGAUGUUGAGGGCGUGGCUGUCAUAAAAGUCGCAGCAGAAACGUGGCAGCCAUUCUUCCUCAUCGAGCAGGGAGGAGAUGGAGGCAGUCAGUACUCAGGCAUCAUGUGGGACCUGCUGCUGAUGCUCACCUCCAAGAUGAAUGUGAGUGUUGAGAUUGUGCCUCCCCCUGAUGGCCUGUGGGGGGUGGAGCUCCCCAACGGCUCCUGGAAUGGCAUGCUGGGGAUGAUUCAGCGGCAGGAAGUAGACAUGGCAUUGGGACCCUUUGCCAUCUCUUACCCACGGACUAGAGUGGCAGACUUCCCUGCCAGCAUAUUUGUGUUGCCUCACCGAGUGUACUUGCCCAGACCACGUGGCUCCUCAGAUCUCAGUGACUUUGUGCGGCUGUACCACCCCACUGUGUGGAUGUUGACAGUGAUGUGUGUGGUAGUAGUAGCAGCUGCAGUGUGGCUUGCCAUGAAGGUUGAAGGCAGCUUUGUGACACCACAGGGACCUCACAAGAAUCACAUGUCUGCAGUGUUUGUGCUCCUUCAUGUGUGGAGUGGACUCAUGCAGGAAUCCUGGCUGUGGGGUGGUGUGGGUGUGAGUCGCUGGCUGAUGGGCCUGUGGUUUCUGUCAACACUGGUGCUGAUGAGCACUUACAGUGGUCUCCUCGUGGCAAGCCUCACCGUGCCUCGUGUGUCAGUGCCCAUCCGCUCAGUGCAGCAGCUGGUGGUGCAGGACAGUAUUCCUUGGAGGCUAGAGCAAGGUGGCAUUAUCCUCCACACCUUCAAGACAGCAGAUGUGAAGUUGUACAAGACACUGCUGGAGGGGAGUAUGGGCUUCUUCCCAGACUGCUACAAGUCCAGAAGGGACAUAGCAGAAGGAAGGUUUGCAGGGCUGUGUGAUACCCUGGCUGGAGAUCUGAUGGUGGCCAGGAGUUUUUCAGAGUCUGGCAAGUGUGACUUCUUCAGCCCAAGAGACAACAUUGUCACUCAUUCAUACACAAUGGUGCUGCAGAAAGCCUCCCCAUUUAUGAGUCUCAUUAACUUAUGGCUUCAGGAGCUGCAGGAACGUGGUUGGAUAGAUCAGCUGGUACGGCAACGCAUCAACAAUGGAACCAUCUGUCAGCUGCCACCAGGAAAGGAGGAGGGCCAGCGACCUGCUGUGCCCCUUACCCUCAGCCAGAUGUGGGGUGUGUUUGCCAUCAUGGGAGUAGGUGCUGGAGGAGCAGCUGUGGUGUUCCUGCUGGAGUUGAUCAUGAGACAGACCUCCUGCCUGAUGGACUUGAUGCUUUCUUCAACCACAUACUGAUCCACUGAUGUCACGAAUAGGAUGGAUGUUCUGGCCCAAGUGCCAAGUGGAGUAUCCCAUUAGUGACACCUACAGAAGGAAGUAAUGACAACACUUCGUACAACAGGCUGGGGUCUUAGAUUCUGCCCUUCAUGAAGGCAUCCUCCACACACCAGCAGUCAUGGAUGUCACUGGGACCACAUCUGGUUCCAGUCCUUCUUGGCAGAAUGGACCUUCGAAGUGGCAGUGGUAGCCAUCACCACAUCUAUACAGUGCCCACCAUUACCGGCGACUAAUACAAUGGCACAAAUCAGUGCAACCUUCCUAACACAAGCCGCCCCAAGUUGAGAUGCAUAUUAUAAUAAGUUUGGCAUGCAAGAGGAGA